GCAAACAUUUAACCCUACCGCUGGGUUAAAACAACCCAAUUGCUGGGUUUGUCCAUUUUCAACCCAACUUGGGUUGUUUUUAACCCAGCAUUUUUUAGAGUGUGUCCUUAAUUUGUCCCACACGGCUUUUCCAUUUUGGCCUAGUUUUUGUUAAAUGAACCAUGACACGAUGUAGUGUUGUUGUUCAUCUGAGGUUGUAUUUACCUAAUUUUAAGACCUGCCAAGGACAAAUUUUUUUUUUUUAUUACAUUAUGUCCUCAUAUGUAAAACCACAGAAUUCAAAAGGGUGUACUUUCUUUUUCACAUGACUGUGUAUACAGUAUACAUAGUAUGACUUGCUAAGAAAUUAAGCAAUUACAAAAAAAUUUCGAAAAUAUCUAACAUUGGGCAAAUAUUGAAAACCAACCAAUUGUUGGCUGGUGCCGUUAAUCACAAAUUGGUGUAAUGUUUUCUGAUUAAUCAGCCUACUCAAUAUUUCGGUCUGUCACUAGUUAGGUCAUUGUCAUUGACUAGGCUGGUCAAUAAGGCAUUGCUUAUGAAAAUCAUAAAUACGACAGCAGCUUUACUGCUACACUGUAUAUGUAAAGGCUCAUUUUAUUUUUGUUUUCAGAAGAUUACUGGUUUUGAUAAAUUACUUGCACUGUCAUUGUGUUUCUAAUUAUUACUGUCACCUUGAAAAUGAAUUUGUUUAAACACAUUUGAAUUGAGGUCAUAUGAAAUUUUUGUUAACAUUUUUCGGAAAGACUACUUUAAUAAAUGUUGCAUAACUGGGAAAUGAAACUUACGUUGUGUUUUUUCCUCUCUGCCACCUAGCUUAUAUAGUUAUAAAUUGAUUAUAAUAUAGAUAAUAUAGAAACGUUUCAAUUUAAGAGCAUUAUCGUUGCAUUUAUCAUUGGUUAAUGUACCUGUAGUGUCUGUGACCAUCAGCAAUGUGAUAUCCUGGCUUUUAGCUCUCACAUUAUUACAGUAAAAAAAUCCACAUUCAUUAAAUAUGAUUUGUUUUGUUUUUCCCUUAUCUAUUUGCUGUGCAUUUAUUUGAUUGCAAUUUUUAAGUCUCUGGCAUUGUCAAACGUGUUUAUCUUUGUCUAUUAUGUAAUGAUAAUAUCAGUAGAAAAUCUGUGGCACCGGCUGAGUUAAGUCUUGGAUUUAUGUGAUGUUUUUCACGUGUCUUAUUUUCCAUUUUUAGCUGUAAAGUUGGUAGGGCCGUAUUGUGUAAGUGUGAGUGAGUCUGUCAAGCUCUAAAAGCAGAAGGAGGUAAGAAGCUUUGAGUGGCAUGCGGUCCUAUUGAAGUGCUCACCGAGAAAGGCCGGCCCCUCACGGGAUUAAGUGGGAUAGAAAAGGAUUACAAUCUGAGUUUCCAGAGACAUUUUAUAGUAAAAUCACAUGCAUGUUGGCAGGCCAGAAGCAGAAGAUCACCUUGAUAUAAAACUCAACUGACAAGAUGCUCCAUAGCCUCCUGGUCUAAACGUGGGAUGCAGAAGUGGCAGUGUGACUUGGAGGAAGACACUGAGAGGAGUGUAAGAAGGGCUGCAGUGAUCUGAUGAACAGAGAAGCUUGUCAUGCGCGAAUCAAUGGAGGAGGAGCCGCUAAUGACAGAACCUGGACAUGAUGACAAUGAUGUAGGUCUGGCUCAGAUCUUGGCAGAAGUGGUAGAGGAAGUGAGACUGUCCAUAGACAGAGAUAUUAAUGGUGCCGAUCUUCUGUACGGUCUCCUCAGUGCUCCCUGGCUCUACUCUCUUCUUAGGGUAUACGAGUGUCUGGUGCAGCACAGUCGAGAUGCCCCAAGACCAUACAUGCCUUAUUCCUCAAGACUAUCUCAGGAGAUUAUGGCCAGUGUGCGAGGACUGGCUGCUCCCUCCUCUGAGGCACAAGAACUUUAUAUUUUGCUGAAAUGCCCUCAUAUGCAGGCUUUGCUCUCUGCCCAUGAUUCUGUGGCUCAAAGGGACUACGGUCCAGUGUUGCCGCCCCUUCCUGACAAACUGCCUGACAAUGAAGAGGCCAUGAGGAUUGUUUGCCUUGUGAAGAACAAACAGCCUCUGGGGGCAACUAUUAGGAAGGAUGAGAAAACGGGGAACAUCUUUAUUGCAAGGGUGAUACAUGGAGGACUGGCAGAUCGCAGUGGACUUCUUCAUCCUGGUGACAAGCUGGUGGAAGUGAAUGGACAGAAAGUGCGGGGACUGCAGCCUGAGCACGUCAUUCAGAUUCUGGUCAGAUCUCAGGGAAAUAUUCUUUUUAAAGUGAUCCCUAAUUCACCACAACCCAUCAACAGCCGAGCAACACUGUAUGUGAGAGCCAUGGAGGAUUACAGUCCUCUGCAGGACCCUGCAAUCCCCUGCCCAGAUGCAGGAAUGGCCUUCAGUAAAGGAGACUUGCUGGAGAUUGUAGACCAGAGGGACAUCCGAUGGUGGCAGGCCAGGAAACUCCACAGUGCCUCAUUGUGUUGCGGCCUCAUCCCCUCCACGAACCAGUUCAGAUCUAAGCAAAGGGAGUUGUGGUGGUCCCAACCUUAUCAAGCUCACACCUGCAUCAGACCCUUGAGCGCAGCUGAUGUUGGAGAAGAGGAGAAUGAGAUCAAAUGCAUUGAAACAGAUGAAGAAGAUUUUGAGUUCGUUUCAGAGGAGGGUGAGAAUGGUGAACACAUGCAGGGCUUAUACAUAGCGGGGUUCCGGCACAGUCUGCGCGCAUGGAGAAGGAGGUCAUACCAUAAACGAAAGCCGUCGUGUUAUUCCUGCGGAGUCAGCAUCUGCCAUAACACCUCAGCUAACGUCUAUGAAGAGGUGGUCCAUUACCAGCGCCACAUAGACGAUCCCCCUCGUCUCAUCGUGCUCAUUGGUCCAUCAGGAGUUGGUGUAAAUGAAUUACGCAGGAGGCUAAUCAAAAUCAACCCUAAUACGUACCAGGGACCAAUAUCUCACACAACACGGCCUCAAAAUAUGGGUGAGAAGAAUGGCCGUGAAUAUCACUAUGUGACCAAGGAAACGUUUGCGUACAUGGUGGUUAAUCACAAAUUCCUGGAGUAUGGAGAGCAUAACGGACACAUGUACGGCACCAGCUUAGACUCAAUCAAAGAAGUUUUGGACAAUGGGAAAAUAUGUGUUAUUGACCUUGAACCUCAUUGCAUUCAUUCAGUCAGAAACAAGAAGCUGAAGCCCUACAUCAUAUUUGUGCGGCCUCCGUCCCCUGAAUGCAUGAGGCAGACAAGAAAAGACCCACAUUUUCUUGCCAGUAGCUACAUUAAGAGAUACUUUCAUGAUAAAGACUUUGAGGAGAUCGAGGAAGCAAGCAGGGCCAUGGAGGGCAAGUACCGUCAGUUCUUUGACUGCGUGAUUGUGAACGAUGAUCUGCAAGAUUCAUGCAUGGAUCUGUUCACAGCUAUACAACAUGCUCAAGAAGAACCACAAUGGGUUCCUGCCAGCUGGUUUGCUCCUGAUCAUUCAUGACACACAUAAGAACAAGGCAGGGAAUUUCUGAAUCGUUAUAAGGAAUGCAAAAUAACUGAAUUUCAAAAAAAAACUAAUGCCUUUUGUGUUUAGUUUAAGGCAAAUGAACUUGCAUGCGAGUCCUUGAGUAAAAACCUCUUUGUCACCAGUAAUCAUUUGGAUUAUCAUAGUAAACACAUAUUUAGGCCUUAAUAGCUUCACUAGAUCUUGAUCUAUCUUGAGAUCUAUUGGUUUAUUUCUGGUGAUUUAAACUGUUUACACUGGCGUAGAAGAACUUUUAAAAAAAAAAAAAAGUGUUAGCUACAUGAAGAAAUAUAAAUGUAAUUUAUUUUUGUCUAACAGUUAAAUUUGUCUAAGAAUUAAAAUCUCCAACUUUAUAUUGUUUUGUAAUCUAGAUUAAUCAUUAAACUUUAAAACUUUCUCCAAUAAACAUUUUUGUGGUGUGUGGCAUGCAGUAUAUGCUGGGUAGAUUACUCACAAAUUGUAGUUGGUGCUGAUUUCAAAUUACAUGACAAAAAUUGUAGUUAGUAAAAUUACUAAUUUUAGGUAAUGUAUUCUGACUACUUUUUAGAUUAGUUUUAACCUAACUCAUUUAUCACAUUGAUUUGAAUAGGAUAAUCUUGUACCAUGUUUAUAUAAAAAUACAAAGAGAAAUAAAAUAUAUUCCAUUCUUUGUUAUUAACAAUGUGAAGUGCAUCAAAUAUUACAUUACGGCAGGGUUUCCCAGACUUUGUGAUGGAACUGCAGGGGUGUGUGAGUUUUAUGAAGAGCUAUUAUGUAAUGAAAUAAUUAAAAAAUUAAAAAUAAAAAAUAAAAAAUAUUUGUUUACCUGCAUGUCAUGUGACCAUUAACCAACAUCACAGAACUGUGAACUAUAAUUUUAUUAUAAUUUAUUAUUAUUAUUAUUAUUGACAAUUUUAUUAUUAACCUAACUUAAUUUAAAAUCUCAGGGAGUACUUCAAGUGAAUAUAUUAGGGCAAAGAGGUUCAGCUGACAGAAAAGCUGGGGAAUCCCUGCAUUGCAUGUAAAUAUGAAAUGACAUAAAUUUGUACAUUUUAAUGUGUUUGAAAGAAAAAAGCCUUCCAACGACAGUAAUACAUGGUUAAAUUACUCAGAGUGUUAAUUCAAAUAAUAAUUAUUUGUUCAUCAGGAGUUGAUUAGAUAUGCAACGUUGAAAAAACACUUUAAAAGUGAAGUGAUUUCUGUAAAUCCAGUGAUCAACUGCUGUGUGGAUCUCAGUUUUCAGUGAUCGGCUUCAUUAUGUCUCUGUGCAAUUCCACAAACCUUGAAGACCUUCUGAACGUAUAUAAGCAGUAAUCUUUUUUUAUAUAUAUAAAGAAAUGUUUAAAAUCUAACAAGUAGAAUCAAUGAAUUAUGAAUAAUUUAUUGCCAUUGUGAGAAUAAUAUGUAAUCAUGUAGUCAAUAGAAAAGUAAAUGUAGUCUUAAUACGUGUAUUUUAAAAUGUAAUAUAAUCUAAUUACGAGUACUUCAUUUUUGGAAUCUGUUUACGUAAUCCAAAUUACAUGUAUGUAUGUAUGUAUAUAUAAUAUAUAUAUAUUGUUUUUGGUGUUUUAAAGAAUAUACCAAAGACAUUUUAAAACUUAGACACACACUAUCUUAGAGAUAUUUAUGAAUCUGCUCUUCCUGUCAUUCAUUAAGCAUUUCUUAUCAUAUUGUGUCAUAUCAUAUAUAAUUAUACACAUUAUGUUGGCAUGUCAUCCUAGCUGUUUAUUUAUUGAGAAAAUCCCUUUUCAAAAUAAAUCUGUUUUAAAAUUUAA